AUGCUAUUUUGCCGAAAUUUUGAAACGAAUGCUGUCUUUGCUACCAUAAGGACAUUUCAAAUUUCGUCUCAAAACAUAGCUAAAGCAGAAACUUUGAAAAAUGCCUUAAGGAAGCAACACCAACAACAAUAG